CACGGACACACGGGAAGCUCAAGACGGGUUUGUCGUUAUCCGCACGUAUUGCAUCAAUCGCUCAUCAGCAAUGCGUCUGACCUUGCUGCUGGCAAGCAUUCUGUGUGCAACCUCCACCUAUGCGCAAAACCCGGUCUACCGUACCAACUUAAACCUAAAUCACUCGCGUCUGACUAUCGAGUAUGGCGGAGCAAUAUUCGACAACACUACACUUGGCAUAGUCCAACCAAUUCGCAACGUAUCAACUCCACCGACCAUAAAGACUCGCACAUGGCUCCUCGACUCCAACUUGCAGCCAAUCCCCGCCAUGAUAAUCAUGAUGGGACACCACAUCCAGUCAGGAAGCCGGCCCCUAUAUCUCCGCUGGCUGGUCACCAACGUCACGCUCGCGGGCAACCUGUCCAACACGCUCGCGGAUAGAGGUGUCUUGACCUCCACGGAUUCCUUGAAUCUCACUAUCCCCUUCCAGGCCGAAGUACCAUACAUGAAUCCUUUGAUCAGAUGCCAGCAGAACGACAGCGUAUGGUGUGGUCAAAACCAUAUCAUAACUAUCUACCCACAAGUCAAGGGUUUCGACGGGACUGCAGGAUAUGUUGGAGGCAACGAGUCGAGAACGCAAGGCGACUAUGAUGUUGCGCAGCUCCAGCUUGCUCCCGGAUAUUUUGAGAACAUCGCAGCGAAUAAUAGGAGUGGAUUCAAUAUCACGCAGUUCCAGCUUGAUAUCGGGUUGGCGCAGGCUGAGGAUGGGAAGGUACUGAGUGAGACGAGUCCCAUCGGUGCUGUUCAAAUGUCCACCUUUGGGCCGGACGGUGGCGUGGAUCAAUUGAGCGCUGCCUCAUUCCCAACGAGGAGUACAGUGUUAUUCCCAAUCGUGGCAGCAGUAUUUUCAACAUUAGUUUCAUCGAUUGCGAACGCGCAAUGAAAGAGCAAAGCUAC